ACAAAAACAACAAAAUUUCAGUAAACACAAUGCAGACCACCAAAGCUGUUCAAUAUUUUCAAUUUGUGCCGUUUGUUCUUCUCACAUUCUUCGCCAUUCUCCCAAACCCAACUCUAUCUGCUGAGCCAUUCGAGUUUCUUCAAGAUCUCAAAGGAGUUCACAUUGGUCAGACCGCACCAGGGAGUUUAGACGCCGAAACAGUGAAACAAAUGAUGAUGCCUCGAUGUGGUAGAGCAGACGUUGUCGACGCUGAACCCGGAAAGAGGAAGAAUGACCAAGAUGUACUUGCAGCUAGCGCCCCAGAAAAAUGGUCAAGCUCUCACCUCACUUAUCGAUUUAGCUCAAAUAGUACAAUCUUAGACAAAGUUGACACCCAAACCCUGAAAUAUGCUAUUUCACAAGCUUUUGCGAAAUGGGAAGCUGUGAGUAACUUCAAGUUUACCGAGGAGACCAAUGAAGAUGUAGGUGCUGACAUGGUUAUUGGGUUCCACAAAGGUGAUCUUGGUGAUGGAUCUAAAUUUGAUGAUCAAAUGGGAGUAGUCGCUCAUGCAUUUCCACCAAAUGAUGGAAGGUUUUACUUCGACGCAGGGGAUAAAUGGAGUACCCUUCCAGAAUCAGACACAAUGGACUUAGAAUCUGUUGCUGCACAUGAAAUUGGACAUUUAUUAGGACUAGAACAUAUUUUCGAACAAAACACAAUCAUGUACCCGGUGUUCCAACCUGGAAGCACUAAGAGGCAAGUGCAGGUCAAUGACGUUAAAGCCUUAAGAGCUAUAUACGGUUCCUGAUCGAUCAAAUAAUCAGGUUAAUAGCUAUUGAGGGAAUCAUAAUAUAUAUGUACGUAAUAAUACGGAUCAAAUCCAAUUUAUCUAUGACGGAAAUUGGUUUGGGAUCCUAUGCAGGUACUAGUAAAUGCUAGGAAUAAAACUAGGGGAACUGGGUAAGUAUGACUCGUGAGUGAUGUAUGUACCUGUGAAACAGCUGAGUCCUACAGGACUCUUUUAUCGUGAAAUUAGGUUGAGUUCCGUUGUUUCUUUUUUUUGGCUGUUGAGUUUACUUCUUAAUAAAUUUUUCCGUGUUCUCUUUAUCAUAAAUAAAUAAAUUCAUCAAGCCAAAAUUUCAGAA